AGCGAACGAGGAAAAGUGUUGGAAAUUUUGUCACGAGCGAGUUCGAAACACGAGCGAGUUGGCAGUGGAUUCGAGGAAUUCUCACUGCACAGUUGUCUUUGAGAAGCGACUGGGCACUUCGCCAUAAUAAGUGAAUCACAAGCUUACGGUAUUCACGAUCCUUUCACUCUAGAUAAGAGGCAUCGCUAUUGCCACGAAUAACAUCUAAGUGCAAAUCAGUUCUAUGAGCAAGCUUUAGAUUCAAGGCAACCGCCCAUUAGCUAAUCUGGGUGCCAACACGCUGAAAUGUCCCAACUUUUUCCUUUCCUACCACAACAAAAAUAUCGAUGGCAGUUUGAAAGAGCAGAUGUUAGUCGUGAACCGGAGAUGCAGCCCCCCAGAGCAGCAUAUAUACAAACACUUGGCUCGCGGUAUUGUUCCUUCUCAGCACUGCCAUUUCGUCACUUAUCAUUGCAGGACAUCACAAUAGCUCCAGCGCACAUCAGAAUCGUAUUCCGGCGCUUCACUAUCUCAUUUCUUUGUGGUUCUUACUUGGCUUUCAAUUCUUGAACUUCUUUUUUCCAAGAAUCACCGCCUCGUUUGCGCAGAAUAUACGACUGUCUGGUCAGUCGGCAGCUCAUCGCCACGAAGGCGUUCGUCAGCAAUGACAUUCGCGCCGUGAAAUGACAUUUUCCUGCGCGUCUAUGCUCUCCUGGCAAAUGUCAUUUGCCGACGUCGCAGUCGGCGCACAAUUACCGUCUCCCGAAUCCCGAGGCGACUCAAUGUCCUCUAGGUGGCCGCGACAUGCACGUCGUUAGCGAAGGUUGACUAUACCCGGAGCUUAAGGCCGCACCUGAACGUUGCCCGCAAGCGCAACCUGCAGUAUGACGGCGGCCUAUACGGAAGCUGCCUGCGCCCUUGACUGGUGCCUCGAUGCCCUCCUCGCCCACCGCUCCCCUUCCACUGCACAGGGUCUGCCACCAGCAGCCACCCUGGCUUCCAAGGCUCCUCGUGUAGCCUGGUCUGACCGGGAGACGAUGGUGCUCAUUGACUUGUGGGAGGAGCACUUUGAUGACCUGCGGCGGCAGAAGCGCAAUGGGGCCGUGUACCUGGAGAUUGCCCGCAGACUGCGAGCAAGCGGCUACAUCAAAAACAAGAAGCAGGUGCACUCCAAGAUAGAGAACAUGACCCAGAUGUACAGGAAGUGGACGAAGCAGGGUGUGACUGAGUCAAGCCUGCCUAGUUGGCCUUUCUAUUGGGCCAUCCACCGAUUCAUGCAGAAGGUCAAGCCAAAGGUCAUUACAAAUAGGACACUCCAGAGUCCUAUGCCAGUGCAGCAUGAACAGCAAGUGCAGAAGAAGAUCAACGAGGAAGCUGUACUUUCCAAGCCUACUGAAACCCAGCAGCUGUUGGCUGACACACAGUCAGCACCUGCCGAUCUUCAUUGCCAACCUGGUAUUCGUCUGAAGGAGGAGCCACCUGACGAUGCCAGCGGAGGGAUGAGGAACAGGACUGCGUCAGAUGCAUCUUCAGAGAGCGUGUCCUGGCCAGCCCAGCAGGAGAGCAAUAUUGAAAUCUCGACCCACCUCAGACACGGCCAGGAACACGGACUGCCAUUGGCUUCGCAGCUCAGUGAAACUACAUCAUUAGGCACUGACGACAUUCUGCAGAAAAUCCUUGACGAGCAGAGGCAGCUCCGGUUGAGCAUUGAUGAGUCCAACCGACGCAAGCAUGAGCUUUUACUCAGGCAGACACGGCUGCAGGAACGUGCCACUGAGGCACUUGUCCAGAUCGCAGCUGCCAUCACAUCAUGCAUUAAAGCACCAUCGUUCUCACCAUAUAUAGCCCUGUGUAGUGUGGCUCCCUUCCUCACAUUCAUUUGAAGAGGACACUGACUUUCAACUAAGCAGUUACCAAAGUCUGAGAAAACCAUUUAAAACACAAGGCUGCAGGCAAGAAUUUCACUAGUGUAAAAAUGUGCAAGAUAGCAUUGCGUGUUCAUACCCCUAGUUUCUAUAAUUGUCUGCAAAUACGAAAAUAAAAAUACUGUGCAUGUGAUUGCACUGUCAAAUUCCAAACAAAGAAGCAU